GGAAUACUUGGACGCAUGAUAGAAGACUGUGCUAGAACCCUCGAGCCGAACUGAACUCGACGCCAUGGGAUCAGCCUGUUGUAAGAAAAAAUCCCCACCAGAGAUUUCUUCAGGUCCGCAACCUCCUCGUCAACCAUCCCCCGAGCCCGUGAAAACCAACGGGGUGCAUGACUCGCAAUCCAGUCCUCUGACUCGGCGAGAAACGCCCACACGAGAGAUCCUGUUCUCGGGGAUCACAUUGAGUGCCAGGAACGCUUUGAGGCAUUUGGAAGUCUUUGGCGAGGAAUAUGUGCGCGAGAAAUUUGAGUCCAAUUUCCAUGUGUAUCACAUGUCGUGGAUUGAUCAGAGAUACGAUUGGUUCCUCACUCACGACGAGAUUCCUAAAAAUCUCAACGAAACCUUGGAUCAAUCUUGGAUAAGUGCUUGCAGUCCACAAGAAUCCCUACCGCAGAUGAAACAGUUCUUAGAGAGAAUCAAAUUGGUUCUGAGUCAAAUCGCGAAAGAUUUGACAGAGGUAGAGGAUCGUUACGCGGAACUUUUUGCUGAGGGUGCACACAAAGUGAACGGAGUAUUAAAUGAGGUCACCCUUACCAUGAGAGAAUUAAAUAUACCGUCUAGAAAUCCAUUGGGCCCGGAAUUUAUCCCUCAGGGAAUCAUGGAAGUGGGACACACAAGUUUCCGUUAUCACAGAGAUUGGUUUCUUUACCGCGAUUCGAGAAACAUUCUCGAGUACGUUAUUGCCUUAUCAGAGUAUUUCAAGAAUCAUUAUUCGUCAUGAUAGUGCUUUACCAA